AGAGGAUUAGAUUUAUUGUGUGCAGGCCAAGCGCUUUAUUAAAAGGUAAAAGUGGCCUUGGCGAGAGGAUAGGCGGUGAGUUAUGGCGUUGGAAGCCACUUCCAUUGUCGUUCUUGCUGUAGCACUGGCUGCCCUUCUGCUAAUUGCAAACUCUCUCAGAAGUAGAAACAAUAGUUGGGCAAAGACAAACAUACCGCAGCCUCCAUCAUGGCCAAUAAUCGGGCAUCUUCCUCUGCUAAGUAGGAGCAAACAGCCCAUUCACAGAUUUAUAUCCUCUCUUUCAGAGCGCUAUGGCCCCAUCAUGUAUCUCCAACUUGGCUUCCGCCCAGUUUUGGUUAUCGCCUCUUCAGAUCUCGCAAAAGAAUGCUUUACAGCCAAUGACAAAGCCUUUGCUUCGCGCCCAUCUAUUUCUGCAGGAAAGCAUAUGGGGUAUGACUUCAAAAUAUUAACCUUGGCUCCUUACGGCUCCUAUUGGCGAAGCAUAAGAAAACUUUGCAGGCUCCAGCUCUUUACUGCAGACAGAAUCGACUCCUUCAGGCAGGUACGCACGUAGGAAAUUUCCGCUCUCAUACGUUCGCUGUUGGAGAGUACACAGCGAGAUUUGAAUCCAGUGAACAUCAAGUCAAGGCUCUCAGAUCUCACAUUUAAUAUCAUUGUGCGAAUGGUUGCCAGUAAGAGAUUCUCGCCAGAUCUUGCUCCGGAAGAUUUCAAAGAAGCGCAGCAAAUCAAGGAGCUGAUAGAAGAAACUUUCUUGCUAGCUGGAUCAUUUGAUAUUGGCUACUACCUGCCUUUUCUCAAGUGGAUAGAUCUGCAUGGAAUUGUGUUUGCCAUGAAGAAUCUUCACAAGAAGAGAGAGUUGUUUAUGAAGAAACUGCUGCACGAUCAUCGAGAGAAGAGAGGGCUGCGUGCUCCAGACUUGAUUGAUGUUCUCAUCUCUGCAACAGACAACCUUGAAAUUCAGUCUGACAAUAACGACGAUGUGGUGAAAGCCACGGCCUUAAGCAUGAUAAAUGCCGGUACCGAAACAUCCGCUGUGACAAUCGAGUGGGCACUGUCAGCUCUAAUGAACCACCCUGACAUUUUGUGGAAAGCCCAUCAAGAGCUCGACACACAUGUCGGACAGGACCGAUUAAUGGACGAAUCAGAUAUCCCCAAUCUGAAAUAUUUGCAGGCAAUUGUGAAAGAAACUCUCAGGCUUUAUCCAGCGGGACCUCUUCUACUCCCUCAUGAAUCUACCAAGGCCUGCACUGUCGGAGGAUUUCUUGUUCCCGCAGGAACUCAACUAUUGGUGAAUGUGUGGGCAAUUCAACGGGACGCAGCCUUGUGGGAGCGACCUACAGAAUUCGAUCCUGAUCGUUUUCUCAACAGCGGGAAAGAGAUUAAUGUGAAAGGGCAUGACUUCGAAUUGAUUCCUUUUGGUUCAGGGAGAAGAAUCUGUCCGGGCAUGUCUUUGGCAUUGAUUGUGGUAACCUACACAUUGGGGCGGCUGCUUCAGAGUUUCGAAUGGUUUGCUCCAGUGGGCACUGUAAUUGACAUGACAGAGGGGCUUGGUCUCUCAAUGCCCAAAUUAAUUCCAUUGGAGGCCAUUAUUAAACCUCGUCUUCCACUUCAUCUCUACUGAUAUGUCUGCUUACACCAUGGAGCAAAGAGUUUUAACCCCUGACCAACUAGUAAUUGCUCCUAAAGUGCAGAGUGUUCCCCUGUAAAUAUUGUAAGUCCUGUCAGAUUUAUAAUCUCCUGCUUUUCCUUCUGUAGAUCAAUAGCAUUUAUGCCUGGCUAAAUUUCAGAGUGCUCUGAUGAGCUCAGAAGCAGAAUGUUUUCAGGAUUAUCUUCCGGUGAUCAAAGGGUGAGCUUUCCAAUUGAGUAAACAUCAAAAUUUCUCAAAGGAAGAUGAUUGAAUCUUAUUUGUGUUCACUAUAGGCUACGAAUAUGAGUGGCUAUAAUUU